UUGAUCCCUUUUUAAAAAAAAUCUCUCUCGGUCAAGCCUGGCGUGGAGUUUUUUUUUUGUAUUCUCUUCAAGGCAGGAAUUUGCCAGUGACACCGCACACGUGAAGCUCCUUCAAUUUCGCGCACUAAUCCUAAAAGAAGGCAUGAAGUGUUAAAUGUUAGAAACACACAGAACCGCGUGCAGACAAGAAGAGAGAGGGCGAAAAAGGAGAGAACGACGCACGAGCUGCUCUAGUGCGUCUGUGCAAACACUUAGUUACAGAGAGAGAGAAAAAAGAUCACAUUUCAAAAACCAAAAACGUGUGCAGCACAAUUAGGCUAGAAAACCCCUUGUUUUUCCCACAUUUUUUAGAAGAUAAAAUAAAGAAAGAAAUCAAACUGGCUCAGUGCUUGUCACCGCAGCCCGCUUUGACAGGUGCUGCUCAACCCCUUUGGAGGACUGCUGUCAGCAGCAGCAGCAGCAAAAGGAUGGCAUCAGAACUGGCAAUGAGCAACUCCGACCUGCCCACCAGUCCCCUGGCCAUGGAAUAUGUUAAUGACUUCGAUCUGAUGAAGUUUGAAGUGAAAAAGGAGCCGUUGGAGCCGGAUCGCAGCAUCAGCCAGUGCAGCCGCCUGAUCGCCGGGGGAUCCUUGUCUUCCACCCCGAUGAGCACGCCUUGCAGCUCGGUUCCCCCUUCCCCAAGCUUUUCGGCGCCCAGCCCGGGCUCCGGGAGCGAGCAGAAGGCUCACCUGGAGGAUUUUUACUGGAUGAGCGGCUACCAACAGCAGCUGAAUCCCGAAGCGCUGGGCUUCAGCCCCGAAGACGCGGUAGAGGCGCUGAUCAGCAGCAGCCACCAGCUCCAGUCGUUCGAUGGCUAUGCUAGAGGGCAGCAGUUUGCCGGGGCGGCCGGGACAGGAGGCGGCAUGGCCGGGGAGGAGAUGGGCUCAGCAGCGGCUGUGGUAUCGGCUGUUAUCGCUGCAGCGGCAGCACAGAACGGAGGUCCCCACCACCACCACCACCAUCACCACCACGCCGGGGGACACCACCCCUCCACCGGGGUCCCGUCCAACGCUAGCUCGGCGGGCAGCCACCAGCACAUGGGACACCUGGACCUGGACGACCGGUUUUCGGACGACCAGCUGGUGACCAUGUCAGUACGGGAGCUGAACCGACACCUUCGCGGGGUCAGCAAGGAGGAGGUGAUCCGGCUGAAACAGAAGAGGAGGACCCUAAAGAACAGAGGCUAUGCCCAGUCGUGCCGCUACAAGCGGGUCCAGCAGAGACAUGUUCUGGAGGGCGAGAAGACGCAGCUGGUCCAGCAGGUGGACCACCUCAAGGCGGAGAUGUCGCGGCUGGCCAGGGAGAGGGACGCAUACAAGGACAAGUACGAGAAGCUCAUCACCAACGGCUUCAGAGAAAACGGAUCCAGCAGCGACAACACCCCCUCAUCCCCAGAGUUCUUCAUGACGUCGAGAAAGUUCCUCCAUCUGUGAUAGUGACCCCUGAACCCUGCCCCCUGACCCUUGACCUGGAGUCUGAGAAACCAUGACAGAGGAAUGGUGAUGUCUUAUCAACGUCGCUCCAUGGCACCGGACUGCAACAAAGCACAACGUCCACACAACGUCUCCAAACCACCCAUAAACCAACCAACAGUCCCUGUACAGAAGUCCAGACGGACCCAGUCACCCAACACUGUCUUUCAUGAAGAGAUUAUUGACAGAAACAAAUGACAACAAAACUAAACACCCAAGAAAAAUACUUAAUGUUUGAUUCAACGACUAAAACUCCUGGAUUCCCUCUUCCUCUGACAUCACCAGUAGCUACGGAUGCAAUUCUGACUCAACAUGACAAAGAUACAGUACCUCCUCAUUGUAAAUAGCAUUUUGUAGAGUAUUCUAUGUAAUAAUAUGUAGGUUGGAGGUCUUUAACUGUAGACAGACAAUGUAGAGGGGAGAAGUGAUGACACGUGAGUCCCAUUUAGCACAUUAUAUAAAUGUAAAUAAUGUAUAGUUGGGCCUCAUAUGAAACAAAACUACUGCGUCUGUAUAUAGACAUGAAACCAUACCUCUAUGUAUAUAGGCAUUACAUUAUACCUUCUUAUUUCUCCAAUCCCCCUAAACUAGCACAAUGAUACUCACCACUCCCUAUAUCUCUGUAGACAGACAUAGAAUAGAUAUAUACAGGAGGAGAAUGGAGACACAGACAGAAGAUACACACACACAGUGUGUGAUGCAGGUGACAACACACUGGAGUGAAAAACACAGGCCCACUUUGGCUGGAACUGGUGAACUCUCCCUGCCCUGCCACAAAGACGGUCAGAGGGGACGUGUUGCCACUCUCUUCUCCUCUCCCUUUAGUGUUAAACUACCACAUCUCUGAACACAAUUCAACCUGUAGCCACAGCUUAGCUAUUAGAUAAGAUGUAUUUCUACAUGUAUUUUACUCCCCUUAGUGAAGUGACGGGUCCAGUUCAAAGGUUUGGCAGUUUUCUACAGUCCACUCAAUGUACAAACUUGAUUGGUUUUCAUCUCCACUCCCUCCCAUUCCUGAUUGGCUAGUCCUCCUCUCUCCUCUAGUCCUGAUGAUGCUGUUGAUAGUCAGUGGGAAUGUCCAUCAGACGGCCUGCAGGCCCGUAGGCCUCUCUGAGACCAGGUGCUCGCUUAGCUCCCACAGGCUGGCUGCAGUGGCCUGGUCUUCGGCCUGGGGGGAGGGUAGGCAGCGGAAACAGUUGUUGAAGUACAUGUGCCACCGAAACCCUCCAGCUCCGGAGCUAAUGCACAGUACACUGUGGUGGCUGCCCCCUGUUGCUGUGAACACACAGACAGAGAGAGAGAUACACACACAGGUCAACAUGGAGGACCCUGAUCAACAUUAUCUUUGUUGGAGGAGAGGACCGUCAGAGAGAUACACAGAGACCCUCUUGUCCGCCAAGAGACAAAGGAUAUCCUGCCACCCUAAAGAUGCUGCCAAGACCUCCACCAGAAUAAACACACACCUGGACUCAGCGACCCCCUCAUCGUUCCUGCAUGACCCCAGAGCAUCUGUACGAGAUAGAGAAGGAACUCCACACAAAUGGAAAGAGAGAUAUCGAGAGGAUGAACUCCAUAGACACCCCUCUCUGCCACCGCCCAUAAUGAUGGGACAGUGUUACCAUGGGGACCAUGGCCAUGUAUAUAUAUUUAUAUACAUAUAUUUAUUUCUAUAUUGUGUGUGAACAGGACUGCUGACUAUCCACAGAGUGCAUGCUGAUGUAUAGGUGGUAAAUACAAUGAUAACUGUCCACAAAACAGCACAGAUCUCUGCAAAGAAAUACUACCAUUUUAGAAUGCCCCAAUCUCCAUGGGAUGGUGGCGAUUGUUCAUUCAGAUUUAAAGCAAAACACAGCAAAAUAUGUUGGACUUGCAAUCUCUACAGCUGCAAUAUUUUGUUGUUAUUUUGUGGAGGUUUGCACACCGCAAGGGCUGUUUUAUGGACAGAGGAUGUGGCCCACGGUGUUCUAGACUGGGGAGGAGGGAGCAGCUCUCUCCAGGGUUCUAUAAACACAGUCUAUAAGUGAACAUACAGUAUAUGUGAUGAUUACACAUCUGUUUAUGUUCACAUCAUCUAGCGAUUCAUGAGGGAAGUCAGACAUUGGCUUUUAUUCAGAGGUUUGGCAGGGUAAAGAGUAAUAUGCUGAGAAUAGUGCUCUUGUACACACACACACACACACACACACACACACACACACACACUAUACAUGCAUGCACACGCUCGCAAACCCCACUGCCCCCUACCCAUCUCUCUUCUCUCUCUCAAAAAGAGCAGACAACCCUCCCUACCCUAUACUCUAGAAUUAAGUGGGAAAUUACUACUCUAUUUCUCAGUUAAAAUCUAAAAUCCAGUAUUCCAUAGUCUGUAGUCAUACUGUACUGAGACAUGCCUCCCUAAUUACCGUCACAGUCGGUAAUUAGGAGCGGAGAGAGGGAAAGAGAAGGAGGGAGAGCAAGAGAGAGUGAGAGCGACAGGAAGAGAGAUUCAACAGCAUUUGAAACAGGCAGAGGAAGAAACAGACGUCAGAGAGAAUUACAGCCAGAAGUCAGGCGCUCAGAGGGAUCUUUCAUGUAGCCCUGCUGCUGGCUAAAAGCUGCUGUGACGUUGUGAGAAGAGACUGUUCUGGAGCUGACUUCUAUAGAGACACAUGAAAUAGUUCUCCCUGGCUCACUGCUAUUUAUCUACAAAUGAGACUGGUGGAGAGCACUGAUGAGAGACUGCAGAGCAGAGAACAGUUUAGUACAGUGCACUGGCACAGCAGCAGAAGUCUGUACGCUCACUCACACACGCAUGCAUGGAAACACACACACUAAUACACACCCACUUCAAAGGCCCAGCCUCAUUGAGACUCAUUUUAGCAUCAGCAGCCCAAGCUGGCAGACCUUAACACAGGAAUACACACACAUACGGAAAUAUGCUCAAACUGCUCCAGCACACACACACACUCAUUAAGAUCUAGAAAGACACACUCUCACACAGAUGCACAAACAUAUUCACAGAAUAAAGUGCAUGCACACAUACACACUCUCAUUGAGAAAUACAGACACACUAAACAAACUUCCUACUCAGUGUUGGUAGUAGCAGUGGCAGAUCGAGGCAGUUAGAAACAGCAGAUGAAACAACUGCAUCUCUCUGUCUCCCUCCCUGCCAGCACACUGAUAACUCUAUACACCUCACAGGACUGGCACAUCAAAAGCUUACAAAUGUCACUCAGUGUCUAACAGACACACGCAGAUGCAGACCCAGACCCAGAACAUUCACACUUCCAAAGCAGGGUGGCAUAUCAUUUAGCUAACUCUCAGAUAAGGUAUUUGCUUUAGAACAUACACACAAACUCAUUGGAAGAUGGAAUAUAUUUGCCUGCUCAUCUCACUCUACUUCCAGGGUCAUCUUUUUCACACUGUUUUAGGUAAAGGGUGGUCAAGCAAUACAUUGGAAUGAUUUACACCUGAUCUGAAAAUACUACACUGAUUAGCUCCACUGCACAGCUGUGGACUCUGUGUGCUCUUAGGGAAACUGCACACACAGCAGAGAGAAAGGGAGGGAAGGAGGAUUGAGAAAGAGAGAGUGAGUGUCUGUACACAGGGAUUCUCUUCUUGGUGUUUAGCGCUGCCCUCUCACUACUUGACCUGGUGACUCCUGUAAUAGAUAAGCCUGAUGAGAUUAGACAUUAACAUGCUGAACCAUCCACCACCAGUAUCUAUCUAUCUAUCUAUCUAUCUAUCUAUCACACACAGACAGAGAAAGGGAGAGAGUGUAUUUUUUAGUAUUUUAUUAGGAUCCCCAUUAGCUGUUGCAAAAGAGAGAGAGAGGGAGAGAGAGAGAGAGAGCAGGGGAAUGGGCUGGGUCAAAGACAUGCGCACACACAAACCUCACACACACACAUACUAACACACACUCGCUCUCUGAUUUAUACACUCAAACACUCUCACAGACACACACACUCCAUCACUCCUGAUAUGUACAGUAACCCAACAGAUGUGUUGUAUAAUCAUGUAAAUUAUAGAUAAUACCUUUACAUUUUAGGUGUCGACCAACCAAUGUCUCUUUCUGUUUUUCUACUAGCAUCUUGUCAAUGUCAAUUCUGAAUCUGAUAUACAUCGUUUUACAGAGAAAUGGCUGAGUUUUCUUGGGGUUGUUAUGUUCCUAUUAGACAGAACUGACCACUGCACACUGGUGAGUGGAGAGGAGAGGGUUAACGGAGUAUACGCCAACUGUCCCCUAGACAUUACAAAAAAUAACCUGAACUAAAAAGGGGGGAAAAGGGAGCAAACUAAAAUCACUACCGCCAUCACUUCAGCAAUAUACUAGAAAUGUGACAAGCCAAAGUAGCAGGGUCCUAGCCAACCAGAGCGUCUCCAAUACAUUUCCACACACAGAACCUCUGCAUAGGGAGAAUCUCUAUGCUUUAAGAGCUGAAAAGAACAGCCACCAGUAACCUGACCCUGUCUGGCCAGAACCCUCACUGCUCUGGAAACUGGUCCUGGAUCACAUUUAUGUCUUCCAAUUUUCAAAAUAAUGAACAUGUUCUUUGGAAAGUAUUCUGCAAUAUUUAACUGUUAAACAGACACAAUUCAAUGUAUUGAAAAGCAAGGUGGGAGAGAAUGGAGAUAUUGGUGUUGAAUCAGUAUACUGCAUCUCAGAGUUGUUUGGUGUUGUCUUCAUAGUAUAACAUGUUACUGUGGUGAUCUCUAACCAUGUCCAAUCACUAUGUGCUUGUAUAGUACAACAAUAAAAUAAGAAGCAUUGUGCUAUUUGUUAGCAUAGGGGUAUUGUACCAGAGAAAAAAAAAACUGGUUGGAAAUAAUGUUUUCUUUCUGCCUCAUCAAGGUUGUGUUCUAUCAUUCUGUCAUACAAGCGUUCCCUGAUAAUAUGCGUGUGACCCUUUACCCAGACAUCUGUAGUUAUGUAAUUGACCUCUGACCCCUGACCCCUGACCUGUAAAUACACCCAGUACUGUAGAGCAGUCUGUUUUUGUCCCACCCCGUCCUGUCCUGUACAUAAUAACAUGUAAAUACCAAACAGCUAUGCAUGCUGACACUCUAGCACUUCUUUCAGGUACUUUUAUAAUCCCAAACUUCUCAUAUGGCAUGUGCUGAAAAUCAACUAGAAAAAAAUAUUUCAAAAAAUGAAAAGAGAAUAAUGAAAAAGAACCAGACGAUGAUAUCCUGGACAACGUGUCAAGUCUUACAGUUUUCUUACUCCAGUAGGUGCUUCUCUUCUGUUCCUUUAACUGUCAUUCUGUCAUUCUUACUGUGGUCGAACCGUUCUGGUCAAGGUUCUGUUCAGUUGUCUUGAUGUGGGAAGGGUUGAGGCAAAGCAGAGAGGCAAUCUGUACAGAGUGUUAACAACUAAAGCCUGGUUAAGUAGCUGUGUCCACAACUAUCACAGGGGAGCAUACUCCUUUCCUCUUGUGAAGAGAGCAGACAGGGGGAAAUGGAUUGUGGUGUAGUCUUGUUCUUUUUUACAGAUCACGAAUUGGAACUGUGUAGGCUAUAGAACAAGCUUACAUGAUAAAAGGGUCACUGAAACUAGUAGGACCAGUAUUUGAGAUUUGCCUCAGCCCUAGGACCCAGCCUGUCUGUGAUAACAGUCUCACAUAAAGGUCUAUGCCAUUAAGGAGAAGAUAGGACUCCAACAGGACUGUGUGCUUUUGUUGAUCCUUGAGGAAUGUUUAUUUUCAACCCCAUGGCGUUCACAAUAGAUGGAAGUGUCUGAUUGUUAAUCUGUGCUAAAGAUAUUUUACAUUUAAUAAAUUAUCAUUGUAACAAAAACA